GACACACAGAGAUGAGCCUGAUUUGCGGCGGGAAGUCAGCAGGGCUCUUGGAAGGGGGAAGCAUGCUGCCUCCCCGGCUGCUGGAAUUCUCUGGGGAGCUCAACAAACACGCGGACAAUGGUGAUCCGGCGGAUAUAGCGUACCUGGACUUUCCGAAAGCCUUUGACAAGCUCCCUCAACAAAGGCUCUGAAGCAAAUGCCGCUGAGUGUGGGGAGCGACCGCCCACAGCCAUGAUGAACGAACAAAUGCAGGAGAUGGAGGAGGUGAGCAAGGAGCUGCUGAAGCUGCUGGCAGCAGGUGGGGCCGGGAACUUGCUGAAGAGAAGCCUGGACAAACAGGAGAAGAUGUUUGACAAGCUCCUGGAUACGCAGCUGACAGCGGUGCAGCUGGUUAAAGAUCUCCUAGCCACGGAGGAGAAGGUGGCUCAGAAGGUCCUGGCGGGGGAAGAGGAGCUGCAGAGCAGCCUGCAGAAGGUGCAGGCGAUGGAAGAGGAGCUGCGGAGAGCCAGGGAGGACGACACCAGCCUGAGGGCUGACAGCAGUGCCUUGCGGAGAGAGCUGGAGGAGCUGAGGGCCGAGCUCGGCCGCCUGCAGGACGACAUGGAGGACGACGCUGGCGUGGUCCAUUCUGCAACGUACAUGGCGCAGCUUUAUUACAAGAUCAGCCGGAUCGACUGGGACUACGAGUGUGAGCACCCGCACAUCAAAGGCAUCCAUCACGGCCCAGCCAUCGCUCAGCCCAUCAGCCUGGACAGCAGCCAGCUCUCCCGGUGCUUCGUCAGCGACUACCUGUGGAGCCUGGUGGACACGGCCUGGUGACGCGGCCCCAAGCCAGCCCUGCCGACUGGCUGCGGGUGGGCGGGGAGUGAGGCCGGUUCGGGCCUCGACCGCGGGAGGGAGGACGGACGGACCCCGGGCUAAUCACAAAGGGAUUUUUUAUUCAUGUAACAAUCAGCGUUUGAAAUCAUUAAAACCCAUCACCCAGCUCGGGCUGGAGCGGGACUGGUAAGAGA